CCCUCCGUCCCUCCCGGUGCCCUCGGACUGUGCCCGGUUCUCCCGGUGUUCCCCGAGCUGCGGCAGCAUCGCGCAGAGGCAGCACCGGGCGCUCCCGUUUUCCAGGUUCGCCUGGCGCAGGAUCAUCCCGCGGAUAGCCCCUCAUCCCGGCGGCAGCGGCGAGCCUGGGCGAUGCGGCUCCAAGGCUGACCCUGCUGAGAACCCCUGAGAUACUGAACUCUAUGAGCGGACACCACUUGACUGCACUCAGCACCUUUCAGGACCAGGCCCUAGGAAAUGGUCAGAGGAGCGGAGGGAGCGUCGCCGAUUUGAGACAGAACCAAGGGUCCUGGGCACUAAAUGAGAAUAUGGCCAAUGGCAUUGAAGAUCUUAUCGGGAUCCCAUUCCCGAACCACAGCAGCGAGGUGUUGUGCGGCCUGAACGAGCAGCGGCACGACGGGCUCCUCUGCGAUGUCAUCCUCAUCGUGCAGGACCAGGAGUACCGCACCCACCGCUCCGUCCUGGCUGCCUGCAGCAAGUACUUCAAAAAACUCUUCACUACCGGCACUUUAACCGACCAGCCCUAUGUUUACGAGAUUGACUUUGUCAAGCCUGAAGCACUUUCUGCCAUCCUCGAGUUCGCCUACACCUCAACCCUCACCAUCACCACCUCGAACGUCAAGCACAUCCUCAGCGCUGCCAAGAUGCUGGAGAUCCAGAGCAUUAUCAACGUAUGCCUUGAAAUCAUGGAGCCCGACAGGGAGGCCGAAGAGGAAGACGACAAAGAGGACGAAGACGACGACGAAGAUGAAGACGAAGAUGAGGAGGAAGAGGAGGAGGAGGAGGAAGUGGAAGAUUUCGUCAAUCAGGAGAACCUAACCGAUGUACAAGAAGUAAGCUGCCACCAAAGCCCUUCCGAGUCUGAUCUUACCGAAGAAGCAUAUCCAGAAGCACCUAAAGAUUUUCCAAAUCACUUCCCAGCCAGUAACUCCUCUGGACACCUGGGCAUGAUACGAGACUUCUCCAUCGAGUCCCUGUUAAGUGAAAACUUGUACCCUAAGGCAAACAUCCCGGAAAGAAGGCCAACUCUCUCUCCCUUCACCCCCAGCUUCUUCCCCCAUCUGUGGAACGGAGACUUUAGCUCCUUCUCCCAGCUCGAGGAACCACAAGUAGACAACGGCCCCUUGGAUCUGGUGAUCAAAAAGAGGAAGAUCAAGGAAGAGGAGGAGAAGGAAGACCUGCCUCCACCUCCUUUCCCUAAUGACUUCUUCAAGGACAUGUUUGCCAACACCCCAGCAGCUCCCCUAGGGCAUAUUAAGGCAGAGACUGACUAUGGAGCUUAUCUGAAUUUCUUAAGCGCUACCCAGUUCGGAGGAGUUUUUCCUCCAUGGCCCCUGGAGGAAGAGAGGAAAAUAAAGCCCAAGGCGUCCCAGCAAUGCCCCAUCUGCAACAAAGUCAUCAUGGGAGCAGGCAAGCUGCCCAGGCACAUGAGAACCCACACUGGGGAGAAGCCCUAUAUGUGCAAUAUCUGUGAAGUCCGCUUUACCAGGCAGGACAAGCUCAAGAUCCACAUGCGCAAGCACACGGGGGAGCGGCCGUACCUGUGCAUCCACUGCAACGCCAAGUUCGUGCACAACUACGACCUGAAGAACCACAUGCGCAUCCACACGGGCAUCCGGCCCUACCAGUGCGAGUUCUGCUACAAGAGCUUCACCCGCUCCGACCACCUGCACCGCCACAUCAAGCGGCAGAGCUGCCGCAUCGCGCGGCCCCGGCGCGGCCGCAAGCCGGCGGCGUGGCGGGCGGCCGGCCUGCUCUUCGCGCCCGGCGGCCCGCCCGUGGAGAGCGGCUUCGUGAUGCCGCCCGCCCUGGAGGAGAUGAGCGGCCACCUCGGCGGCACGGCCAUGUGCCUUCCCGGCCCCAGCCCCAAGCACUUCCUGAGCGGGGCCAAGGCCCCCUUCAGCCUGCAGGAGCUGGAGAGCCAGUUCGAGGAGACCCAGAGGAAGCUCUUCAGGCGGGCCCAGAUGGACAUGGAGAGGAACGCGGGGAUCUUCGCCUUCGCCCUGGGCCACAAUGAAAACCUCGCCGCCCAGCCCUUCUUCCCGCUCCCCGACCCUUGGAGCACGGGCUUCAGUGGCCUGGCGGGGCUGGGCCACGUGGCUCCCAUCUCGGAGGCGAGCAACUAAACCCGCUCCCGGUCCCGCCAUGCGCCCGCUCCCUUCCCAGCGAGGCAGCCA